AUGAAUAAUAAUGCCUUCUUUCUACAGAUGAGAAGAAAACUGAAUCUUCUGUGCCUUUAUCUAUUGAUGAAUGGUAGCCUCACUUCACAGUCAACACCUGAGAGUGGCCAGCAUUGCCAGGCUGGGAUUCCUGGUAUACCUGGUGUUCCUGGGCAGCAAGGACCAGCUGGUAGAGAUGGAAAAGAUGGAGGACCUGGUCCUUAUGGAGAAAAGGGAGAUAAAGGAGAGCAAGGUCCACAAGGAGCACCAGGUCCCAUUGGUCACCCGGGAAAAAUUGGGCCUCCGGGACUAAUGGGUGUACCAAGUGUUACCAUUCCAUCAAGAACGCCUGAGAACUUCUGGGGUUUCCAUGUUGGUCUUGGAAGCAGUAAUCCUCCUGCAGGUUCUCCUAUCAUAUUUACAAAGGCUUUCUAUAAUGAAGAUAAUGCAUAUGAUACAAAUACAGGCAAGGUCACUGUCAUCAUUCCUGGCAUUUACUUCUUCACAUACCACAUAACUGUGUAUAACAGUGAUAUGAAGGUAGCUUUAUGGCGCAACACUGGCAUCGUCCAGUAUACUCAGUUUGAUUUUGCACAGAAGACAAUGCAAGCAUCUGGAGCAGCACUACUAAAACUCCAGAAAGGAGAUACGAUUUGGCUUCAAGUGUUUGAAAAUAAUAUUGGUCUCUAUGCAGACAGUGAUGAUGACACAACAUUCACUGGAUUCCUACUACACCAGCUAAACUGAUUUACAUGGUGCUUCAGUUUAUUUUACAACAAAUAAAUCACUUUUAUGUAUGAUCCUGAUGUUGAAGAAUACUACCUGGAGUCCAAAAGAAGUCACAUUAUAUUUUAAACAUUAACUACUUAUGGAGUCAGCUAUUACCAGUCAUGUUGUCUUAAAAUGUCCCUUUCGAACUGCUUGCUAUUAACUUUCUUUCUGAAUGACAGUAAUGAUAAUCCCUCUUGAGAGGAAUUUAAAUUAUUAAUUUAACUUUCCUAGGAGCUGAAUAACUAAGGAUGAAUAUACUGAUAUGUCUAAAAAAUAUGCAUGUGGUUCCAACAACCUACAGUACCUCACCGUAUACCUGAAUAAAUACUUUAAUUGUAAUAAACUCAAAAGGUAUAUUUGAAAUAUA